AGAAUCUGCACCCACGUGUAAACGAGGAAGAGGAGGAGUUUACUCCGGUUAACGUAAUCCAAUCCGAAACAAAUUCGAAUUCAUCCUUUUAUUAGGUUUAUAUUCGCAUACCACUCUCUCCCAACCACUUCUCCCUCUUCACAUACCACUUUACGCCAGUUCUGUAGAAGAAGAAGAAGCUAUACGGGAUACGGGAAGAUGACGAAGGCACCCAGAGCAAAGGAUGUCAUGGACUCCUCUGUUCAUACUCCCGUAAGGCCUCAGACUAUGAAGUUUUACCAGAGGAAAAACACAGCAAAGGAUGAUAUUGUCAUGGACUCCUCUGUACAUACCCCCGUUAGGCCUCAGACUAUGAAGUUUUACCAGAGGAAAAACAGAGCAAAGGACAACAUUGUCAUGGACUCCUCUGUUCAUACCCCCGUAAGGCCUCAGACUAUGAAGGUUUACCAGAGGAAAAACAGAGCAAAGGACGACAUUGUCUCCUCUGUUCAUAACCCCGUAAAGCCUCAGACUAUGAAGGUUUACCAGAGGAAAAGGAAAAACAAAGCGAAGGUAGGCGGUGAUAUUCCGGUAAAGACUCGGGCUAUCAGAAUCCCUGAAAGUGGCAGCAUUGAGGGUUCUUUCAUGCCAGUACCUUCACAACCCGAAUCCAUGUCACAAUAUAACUUGAAGAAUGGAGAAUUGGUUGAUGGCAAGUUCUGUAUUGGUGAUACAAGCAAUAUUAGUAUAUUAAAAAGAAAACUACAUGAUGCUACACUUCAAACGCCACAAAAGAGACUCAGGAGACCAAACAAAAAAGUUUACCGGCCAAAAGUGGUACCUAAUCUAGGAAUGUCUGUGCCUAGAAUGGAACUGAAGACUCCCACCAAAGAGACACCAAAAAGGAUGAAUAAUGUGUCAUUGAAGAAGAGUUUUAUUACAAUCGAUCUGCAAAAAAUACAAAAGAAAAAAAGGCUGGGCAGGAGGAGAAUGGAAGUAGAGAGGUGGCAGAAGAUAGCUAUAAAGUUUCAAGCAAACUAUCUUGAACAGAAAUAUAAUAAGAGAAGAGCUGCCCCCGGAAUCAGUCAAAAGGAAUUGCAGAAACUUUUUGACAACGAACAGCAGUUGUCUCCAUGUUUCAUCACCCAAUCAGGAGAUUUGAACAUUGAAGAAAGCUUAUCCGGAAUAGUAAGCCUACUGGAAAGUGAUGAUUUGGAGCUGUUGGUCAAAAAAAUAGAUACAUUUGAAGUGAAUAUAAGUCAUAAAAGUAACCAUGGGAUACGAGUUUGUUACCAAGAAAAUGAGAAACACGGUCCUCAUGUUGAGCUUGGUAUUGUAGCUCAUGCAAAUGGUGAACGAGGUAUGGUGGCCAUGACAAAGAAAAAAGGACGCUGGCAAGAAAAGCUUGAGAAAUUAGAACACGGUGAACUUUUUCAUCCAUGGAAUCUUCAAUUGCAAAAUAUAGUUAAGGAGGGGGAUAUACACGAUGAGGAGCAUUCUCAGUUUUGGGAGAAGGAGAGAGAAUUAUUUCGUGGUCGGAUUGACUUAUUUCUGACUCGUAUGCGUGAUAUUCAAGGAAAUAGAACAUUUUCAGAAUGGGAUGGUUCAGUUGUAGAUUCGAUAGUUGGAGUUUUUUUGACACAGAACGUAUCAGAUCAUCUAUCCAGCUCUGCGUUUAUUUCACUAGCUGCAGCCUUCCCAUGCCAGCCCACUUGUGAUAAGCAAUCAAAAAUUGUUAAAAUUGAGGAGUACAUAGAGGGUGGAACCUCGAAGUCAAGCUGUGAACCAUCAAAUGACCAAACAUAUGGUGAAGAUAUAAAUAUUGCCAGCUCUACAAGUAACUUGGUGUUAUAUGAUGAGUCUGAGUGCUUGGUGUUAUAUGAUGAGUCUGAGUGCUGGGAUGAUAUUAUAAGUAACAACUCGCAGACUCACUUUAAUGCGAUAAAACAAAAAGGAAAGAAGUUGAAGUUGAAAGCAAAACAAAAAGGAAAGAAGUUGAAGGCGGAUGCUGAAGAAAUAAACAAUAUUGAGGGUGCUUUGGUGAAUGAAACACCUGGUUGGGAUUAUUAUAAAAAAAAAAUAGAGCUUAAUUGUGAGGACAAAAGAAUGUUGCAGCCCAGAGAUUCGGUGAAUUGGCAGGCCGUUAGACAAGCAGAUGUUGAUGACAUUGCUGAAGUCAUAAAGGGACGUGGACAACAACAUAACAUCGCAGAUCGAAUAAAGCAAUUUCUUAAUGAAGUGAAUGAAGACCAUAAAGAAAUAAACCUUGAGUGGCUACGAUGGGCUCCGGCAGAACAAGCAAGGACAUACUUGACUACUAUUAAGGGAAUCGGUUUGAAGAGUGUAGAGUGUGUGCGCCUUUUAGCACUCAAGCAGAUUGCAUUCCCAGUGGACGUUAAUGUUGCCAGGAUAGCCGUUCGUUUAGGGUGGGUUCCUUUGCAACCAUUACCUGAAGAUGUUCAGAUACACGUAUUAGAAAAUAUGCCAGUUGUAGACGAUAUUCAAAAGUAUCUUUGGCCACGGCUAAAGAAGUUGCGGGGCUUCAAGGAAUUGUAUGAACUGCACUAUCACUUGAUAACUUUUGGAAAGGUAUAUUGUACCAAACGUAAGCCUAACUGUCACUCAUGUCCAAUGAAGAACGAGUGCAAGUAUUAUCUCAGCGCGUACGCAAGUGCAAAACAUGCUGCGUUACCAAAGUCAACGGAGACACAAAGGCAAAUGAAAAGAGAUGAAAAUAAUAAAAUCGUUUGCGCUAGUCAUCUUUCUUCUAGAUGUGAGCCACCAAAUCCAACAUCACAUACAUUUAUUGAGGACACUACCAAAUUAGAAUAUAAAUUGAGAGAAUGUGAACCAAUAAUUGAAGAACCCGCAUCACCUGGAAGGUCAUCACCGGAACCAGAAUAUGUGGAAAGAGACAUCGAAGACUUAUUCACUGACGAGUCUGUAACAAGAAGUCCACAUAUGAAUGCAUUUGGAGGAAGUGAUAUUUCAUCACUAGUACCCUUUAUGACCCGUGAAGAAGCUUUUUCAAUCCCAGCUCGCAGACUAAAAGAAAUUGAGCGUUUGAGGACAAAACACUCGGUAUACAAGAUUGAAAAAGAAAGCAUUUUAUUCAAAGAGCUGAAACUAGAGAGACGAGACCCUAGAGAUAAAUAUCCUUACCUUUUUGCGAUGUGCAAACCAACACCAGUAUCUCAACCACAUGAAGACAGAUGCAGUUGCAAUGGGUCUAAAGAUUCAUCAUGUGAUGGUGAGGAGACUUGUUUUUCUUGUAGCAGUCUCUCAACACAAGAUGACACUGAUACUAUUCGAGGAACAAUUUUGAUACCUUGUAGAACAGCAACGAGGGGAAGUUUUCCUUUAAAUGGUACAUAUUUCCAGAUUAAUGAGGUUUUUGCAGAUCACGAGUCUAGCAUAAACCCCAUUAAAGUUCAUAGAGACUUGUUAUGGAAUCAGACGACAAGAGAUGUAUACUGUGGAACCUCAGCAAGUCAUAUUCUCAAAGGCCUAUCAAGAGAUGAACUUAGUGAGUGCUUCAAGGAUGGUUUUAUUUGUGUGAGAGCAUUCAAUCGAAGAACACGUACGCCUGAGCCUCUUCAUGAAAGGCUUCACAUUUCAACUGUCAAAACAGCAAAGAAAGGUAAGAAGAAAUUGGAACCGGAGGAGGAUGAUGACUAAAGAGUUGAAGAGGCUGGGCUACUAGUUUUAACAAAUAUAUAUAUAUACACACACACACAGCGGGGAUCCAAGGAGGACGUCCGCAAAUGAGUAAUACUGUGGAUGGACACAUGCCGGCUAGAGAGAUUAACUGCAGCGGA